AUGUCAUCAAUAAUUAGACUUCAUCCAUGCUUCCAACUGGUCCCCAGUUCUGGUGUAAAAUCAAUCUUAAGAGAACACAACUUUUACCAUAAUCUUGAAACUUUGAUUUUAAUUUUGAAACCAAUUAAGGAGACAAUUAGUGUGUUGGAGGCUGACACAACCAGUUUAGCACUGCAAUAUGUUGAUUGUUUCAAUAAAAUAUGGGCUGGAUUUGAGUACAGUAGCUAUUUACUUACAUUUUUUUUGCAUCCAUAUUAUAGAGAACAAUUGAAAAAGUACAAGUUAAAGAAAUCUCCAUACAAUGAACCAUAUGUUCUAAAACAUAGUAAUCCAUUAAAAUGGUUGUAUGUUUGUGAAGAAGGAUGGCAUGGAUGA